AUGGCUACCCGAUAUACUCUCUUUCAUACAGCUAUAUGCAGCAUCUUGGCCUUCAACUCUGUCAUCAGAGCACAGCUUCUAGGCUGUGAUGCUGUCGGUUGUCCACAGGUCGAUGGUACAACUUCAUCGUGCCCUAUCGCAAAUGUUACGGCAGAAGCAAUUGGGACCGCCAACAUCACCAGUGCCAUCAGUCUCGAUCCUCUCACAUGGACAGUAGCCUUCUCCAGCAACGUUUCGCCCACAAACUCGUCAGUCGAUAAUCUGGAAAGAAAUCUCUACCUGGGAACGCCCGCUUCACUUGAUCUCGCCAGAGUCGAGGGCGUCAAAGGCUGUGCCUUGGUGUUCAAAGAUGUGGUCAAUCGUCACGAGUACGCCCCAUCUGAAGCUGGCACUUGUCAAGUUCUCCUAGGCAACUCAUGUGCUGCUGAUUUGAUGUCGCAAGCGAACGAAACACUCUCGGAUAUAUUGGCUUCUGACGAUGCGAGUUUCAUCUGCUCAAAGCUAGCCGUCCAACUUCGCGACAACGCACCAUCUAGUUGCAGCCUGACCGACAAUGGAUUUUGGGGAGCGAUUUCAGUACAAGACAUCACUGGAUCGUCACUAGCUGCCCCGGUCAUGGUUGAUCCCACAUGCAAUCCAACAUCCCAUGACGGGUAUAAGGUCCAAUUCGUCGACUCGCAAAGAACCACCACUGUACCUUUCUCCGCUCCAGUAAACUCAUUCGCCUGGGGGGUCACUCCAGUUAUGUCGGUCUUCUACUCAUCAACCUCGACCACGAAGUUCAAGACGCCUGAGCUCCAUUUAAGCUGCUUGAAGCCAGUUGCACAAGACUCCAUCGUCGUGGUACAGGCUGAAAGCACUGCGACCGCGGUCAGCUCUGUGCGACUAUCAUUGAUAGCGAUCAGUGUAUCUAUAAUGAUCGCUCUCUUGUCGGCUUAA